CAGACGGGGAGACAAAGCCAUGCAGGGUUCACAUAGCCAACUAUCAGGGCUUCUGACCCGGUGAAACGAGCCUGCUGGUGCUGAGGGGCGGCGGCCCGGGUGAGCGGCUCGCACAAACCCGAGCCUGACAGACACCCUGUCUCUCUCUCUCCCCGCCCUCCCCCCAGCUUCUCUUGGCUGUGUGGCCAGGUGCACAGGAACAUCCUCUCCAAGUUCACGGGGCAGGCUGUCGAGCUGUUUGAUGAGGAGUUCCGCCGCCUCUACGCCGCCUCCAAGCCCGUGAUGGGUCUCCAGUGCUCCGGGCCGCUGGAGCCUCUGCAGCCCAGCCGGGGCCCGGGAGCCUCCAGCGGCAGCAGCAGCAGCAUCUCCAGUGGCCGCACCUCCUCCAACCCCUUCAGCAGCCAGUCGAGCGACAGCCUUCCCCCGCACCCGCACCCGCACCCGCACCCGAGCCGGUCCACGUCCCCGGGGCCCGGCAGUGCGCAUCCCUUGGUGCCCAUCGCAUCCGCGGUCCCCGUGCCGCUUCCCAGGCCCCCGCCCUAUCAAGGCCGCCUGAGAAGCGCCGCCCCGCAGGCGCUCUUGGUCCCCGUGAGGCCCCACGAGGCAGCGCCCCCCCUCUACAGCAGCUUCGUGACCUACAGGCCCAUCCGGGUGCAGCUGCAGCAGCUCGGCCUGGUGCCCAGGGUCAUGCACCCCUGGAGGCCUUUCCUCCAGGCCUUGCCUCACUUUUGAACGGCCCUUUCCCCUCUCUGGCCCGCGGGGGUGAGGACCAGGCGCUGCUGAGUUUUCUGACCCAAAGGCCAUCCAUGCCUAACGACCAGCAGGAUCGAGCCUAAGGGCUAAAAGCACUGGGGGUUCUGGUAAGGGGGUGGGGGGAGAGAUUAUUGCCGCUUCUGAAUGUUCCCAGGGCCCAGACCAUCCACUUGCAUCAGUUCCUGGGCUUCUCAGUAGGCCCAUUCUAGAAGAUUCCAGGGAGGCAGUGGAGAGCCCUCAGUGACAAAAUGUGACAGGGAACCCGUCUUCCAAGGGCUAUCCUGGCCUUUGAUCUGUUGACAAAAACGUAAAAAUGGGUAGUAGAUGUUUUAUAAACAGGUUCCACUCCCCCAAAGACUCAGAAAGGUAACAAGUGUGCGAACAUUCCCGAAGUUUCUGGUAAGAAAGGACUCCGCCCCUUAAGUGUCUUAAACCGGAGUUCCCCAGACCUGAAGGAUUAGCAAUGAGACCCUAGAAUCUGUGAUUAUGUGGGGACCACCUGAAGCUGCAGCCAGCAGGCAUUUUAACAGGCUCUGGUCUGGGAGGCCUUGGGAGUCUGCACUGGCUGCAGGGACUUGAGUGGUCACGGCUGGGAAUGGCCUUCAGCAAGGCCCCGGGCAGCCUUGGACAAGGUUCCAAGGGUUCAUCUGGCCCAGCCCAGCCACCUGCCUCCAGCUCUGGGCUCUCUGCUCGUCCUGUUGAUGCCCCGAGAAAUGAAUAUGGGAGUCAUCAUUAGUUCAUUCCCAGAGAAUGUGACCCCUGCCCCUCUACUGGGACAUCUGGGGGAGGGGGAGAUAGGGUGACAGGAUAAGGUCCAGGCUGGUCCAGCCAAAAGAAGGCAGGUGCCUGGGACCUGGAACACACACACACACACACACACACA